ACUCCUACCCAUCCUUAAUUUUAAUUUCCUUUCCAAUACUUAACCAUGCUUCUCAAAGCACUAGUCUAUUUUUCGCACCUUCAAGUGCUAUUGAUCCUCUCAUUCGUGGCUUCUUCUUUUGCUGUACCCUCCUCAAAUGUGACUGAUGAAGAAGCUCUUGUUGCUUUCAGUUCUGCAAUAACAUAUGAUCCCACCAACACAAUCCUGGGUAGUAACUGGAGUACUAGAGGAGGCAACUUCUGUGAUUGGGUUGCGGUCACUUGUAGCAAACGCAGGCAGAGAGUCACCGCUCUGGAUUUUUCCAAUAUGGGACUUGAAGGUAAAAUAUCCCCUUACGUUGGAAACCUAUCCUUUCUGGUUUCACUUGUUCUUUCUAACAACAGUUUUCAUGGUCACAUACCAUCUGAGUUGGGUCGUUUGCAUAGACUUAAAACACUUAAUUUACAAAUGAACCUAUUGGAAGGAUCGAUACCUCCGAGUUUACACAACUGCUUUAAGCUUGAACGUGUUUCUCUAGCAGUAAACAUGUUAAGUGGUGGCAUACCAGAGGAGUUGGGCACUUUAAAAAACCUUCAGGUCCUCUUUCUAGUGAGAAACAAUCUUAAUGGCACCAUCCCAAUUUCCUUUGGAAAUUUGUCGGUGUUAGAGACCUUUACACUGAUGGAGAACAGAUUUACAGGUUCAUUUCCAUUGUUCAUGUUUAACAUCUCCUCUAUUGAAUAUUUAAGUCUCUCAAACAAUAGCUUCUCUGGCUAUCUUCCAACUGAUAUUUGUCUCCACUGGCCUAGACUAGACCAACUAUACCUUGAUGGCAACCAAUUUAUAGGCCAAAUUGCAUCUACUUUACGCCAUUGCACAGGAUUAACAAAGUUGGAUCUCUCCCAUAACAAAUUUAAUGGAAGUGUGCCAAUAGGACUCGGGACUCUACAGAAGCUCGAGUUUCUUUCUCUUGCAAGAAAUGACUUGACUGGUACAAUUCCAACUUCUUUGGGAAACAUUUCAAGCCUAGCGGAGUUGUUAUUGUCUGAAAAUAACAUUCAUGGAGGCAUUCCUGACGAGUUUGCGAAGUUGACAAGUUUGGUUGUUUUGCAUUUGCAAUACAAUUACCUCACUGGGCCCACACCUCAAUCACUCUUCAACAUUUCCUCUCUCAGAGUUAUUUCGAUUGUUAGCAAUAACAUCUCGGGAGAACUUCCACCUAAUACAGGGCUUUGGCUUCCGAAUCUUGAAGAGAUGUAUUUUGGGCUCAAUCGAAUUGGAGGAAGCAUCCCUACUUAUUUAUCAAACUCAUCGAAGCUAUUUCUAUUGGACCUAUCUGAAAACUUGUUCAUUGGACCAGUACCUUCAAGUCUCGAAAAUUUGCCUCAUCUUCGCAUCUUCAGUAUAGGAAGCAAUAGACUAACCGGAGACCCUAGAUAUGAGGAGCUGAGGUUUCUUACUGCACUGACAAAUUGUCGGUUCCUUGAAAAGCUAUCCAUUAGCAAUAAUCGUCUUGGUGGUGUCCUACCAUAUUCCAUUGGAAAUUUUUCAGAUUCUCUACAAAUGAUUAUUGCUUCCGAAAACCACAUACACGGUCCAAUUCCAGAAUCGAUUAGUUCAUUAAGAAACUUGAAUACAUUGGUGUUAGGAGAUAACAACCUCUAUGGAACUAUUCCACCAACUAUUGGCAAUUUGCAAAACUUACAGAGGUUGUUUCUCCGUAACAACCAGAUUAGAAGUUCUAUCCCUGAAGAAAUUUGUAAUCUAAGAAAUCUGGGAGAAUUGUCACUCCAGGAUAACAGGCUUGCGGGACCUAUUCCACAAUGCAUUGGAUCACUCAAUCAUCUUCAAGAGCUAGAUCUAAGCAAUAACUCAUUGUCAUCAUCAAUUCCUGUAAGUUUGUGGAGCCUUGAAAAUAUCAUUAUCAUGCAUUUAUCAAACAACUUCUUAGGUGGGAAACUAUCUUCAGAAAUGAAAAUGUCACGAGUCAUGGAAGAAAUGGAUAUUUCUCAGAACCAAAUCACAGGUAAAAUCCCAUCUAUUCUUGGGGCCUUUGAAAGCUUAAGGUACCUUGAUCUGUCAAAGAACUCACUGCAUGAGACUAUUCCUGAAACGCUUGGUGGCUUACAAUCACUGGAGUUCUUGGAUCUCUCCUAUAAUUAUAUAUCUGGUCCGAUUCCCAAGUCGCUGGAGACACUCGAUCAUCUUGAGUAUUUGAAUCUAUCUUAUAACGACUUAUCAGGAGAGGUCCCAUAUGGAGGAAUUUUUGCUAACUUUACGACAGAAUCUUUUCUGGCAAAUAAGGAGCUUUGUGGGCAAUUAUUAACAAAACCUUGCCCUCAUCAAAAUUCCAACACCAAACAAAUCCUCUUGAAGUACAUUAUUCCAAUUGUUGCAGUAGUGGUGGUCUUUAUUUGUCUUCUAUUUAUAUUGAGAGCAUAUAAACACAAGAACAAAAAGAGUACUCCAAGUUCUUCAGAUUUGGUACAAAUACCUGAGCAGAAAAUCAUUGCAUAUCAUGAACUUCGUCGUGCUACAAAUAACUUCUCUGACACCAAUCUGCUCGGAAUUGGGAGUUACGGCUCAGUCUAUAUGGGAACAAUUUCUGAUGGCACAGUUGUUGCUGUAAAGGUUCUGAAUCCAAAUGCACAGGAUGCAUUCAAAAGUUUUGACGCUGAGUGCAAAGUUUUGCGAACAACUCGACACAGAAAUCUUGUUAAGAUCAUCACUUCUUGCUCAAAUCCUGCGUUUAGAGCUUUGAUUAUGGAGUAUAUGUCAAAUGGAAGCCUUGAGAAGUGGUUGUACUUCGAAAACUGCAACUUGAAUCUCUUUCAGCGGAUCAGCAUCAUGCUUGAUGUGGCAAUAGCUUUAGAUUAUCUCCACUAUGGUCAGUCAGAGCCAAUCGUACACUGUGAUCUAAAGCCCAGCAAUAUCUUGUUAGAUGAAGACAUGGUCGCACAUGUUGGUGACUUUGGCAUUGCAAAAAUCCUGACAAAAGCUGAAGAUACAAUGUAUACGAGGACAUUAGGAACCAUUGGCUAUGUUGCACCUGAGUAUGGCUCCGAAGGAUGUGUUUCUAUAAAGGGUGACAUGUACAGCUAUGGGAUAAUGAUGCUGGAAAUAGUUACUGGAAAGAAACCCACAGAUGAAAUAUUUAGCGGAGAAGUGAGCUUGAGGCAAUGGGUUAGUGCAUCAUAUCCUAAUGCGUUACUGGAUGUUGUUGAUUCUGUUUUAAAGCCAAAUGGAAACAACGCCACAGAUAUUGACAUGGUACAAGGUUUUCUUUUCUCCCUCUUGGAAAUGGGUCUUGAGUGUUCAAGAGAAAUACCAGAUGAAAGAAUGGAUGUCAAGGACAUAGUUGCAAAGCUGACCAAGAUCAAGCAGAAGAUUCUACACCGACAAAGAUAUCGUUCUAUGUUUCUUGCUUCGUGAAGGAAGUAGAGAUGAUAAGGAUGCAGAUAUUCCUCUCUCUAUCACAAUAAGGUUUCUCUCCUUUCCAUGUAUAUUACUUUGCAAGUUUGGAGCAUCUGUUCCAAAUCAGUUUCUUUUAUACAAGCAAAGGCAGACUUGUUAUUGUGAAAAAAUACAUGUGUGUGUAGAUAUCACACACACUUAUACUAUUCAAA